UAUUUUUUUUUUUUUCGAUUACAUAUGCUAUUCGCCUGCCGCUGCCCCAUGCACAGUUCACAUUCAGAUUCAGAUUCGAACUGUAAAGGCUCGAGAGCUGUUCGCGUCGCUCCGUCUGCGUUUCAUUUUUUUUUUGUCUCGUACAUUUUGAAAUUCCCGUUGUUAUUUGAUUAACUGUGUUGCACUUGUUGUUGCUCUGUUGUAUUGUUAUUGCUAUUAUUGGUGUUUACGCCCUGGAAAUCUGCAGCUGGCGACAUUUGUUCUAAAGCAAUAAAUAAAUAAUUGCCAGAGUACUAGUGAAAAUACCGUCAAAUAGAAGACCAACAAGUGCGCGCUACAAUUGCAUUUUGCGGAUUCUGUGUUCGUGUGCUGUGUGCUGUGUGUGUGUGUGUGUGCAUUUAUAUAUAGAUAAAUUAGUGUGCGUGUUUCGCCUUUGGCAGCGUACGUUCAACCAAUUGAAAGUGAAUUCGUAAAUCAAAAUAGAAUUUGACAACAACAAUAACACGCACACAAACACAUAAAAAGGAAAGCAACUUUCUUAAAGUAGAACAAUUCAAAAUAUUUGCACGAAAACAGCUGGCAAAAAACGCAAGCAGCGAAGUCAGCAGAGACAGCGACAGCGACAGCGACGCCUCGAUUGUCUUCGUCUUCAUCUCCUCCUUCUGGCUGUUGUUGUUGUUGUUUUUUCUUUUGUCAACAGGCAACAGGUGUGUGGGCGGCUGCGCAGCUGCAUUGGCAAGAAGAGCUACAAAAUGACCGACUUAAAUGAACUCAUGGGCUCGCAAUUUGUGCGCGUCAAGGUCGUUGCCUUUGUGCACUUCUUUUUCUUAACGUGUGCAAUGAUGGGCAAAUGGGGGCAUGGCGCAUACGAGUUCUACAACUUCCUCUUUAUCAUUGCCAUGUUCUGGACGAUACAAUGCAAGGAAUCCAUUGAGGCUGUCCAAACGGCGCUUGUGAUCAAUGUCUGUAGCAUAUUCUUUGAUCUAGUCAGCACUAUCGUUAAUUUCGACUACAUGAAUGGCUGGGCCAUUGCGUUCUGUAUCAUCAAUAUGGUGCUGCGUCCGGUUAGCGUUGCCCUGCUCUAUCGGGAGUUCAAUACGCGUGGCGGCAGCCUGCAGACCGGCUCCGUGUUUCCUACCAAUCAGCAGCGCAGCUAUCAGGACAUUGAUCGUCCCACGCAGCCGACACCAACCAAUUCGCAGCCGGGUCCCAAUGUGGCCAGCAUUUUCUAAGUGUGUGCGCAAAUAAUAAUGAUAUCAACAGCACUCACACCCUACCCAGUACCAAGGGAUGUCCAACGGGAGACCAUAUAGAAACUGCUUAAUAACUCCGCAUGUGGAAUCCAAAUUGAACGUGUUUAAGUGUUGAGGAAACAACAACAGCAAAAAAAAAAAAAAAAAAAAAUAAGUGGAAAGCAAAUUUUUUUUUUUUUUGUUAUAUUCUAGCGUUAAGAUCAAAAGAAAAGCGAAAAAAUUGUGUAGUCAAUGAAGCUA